GGUUUGUCCUACAUCCAAGGCCCACUCACACCAUUUACAAUUAUUUAAAGUUCAAUCCAUUACAGGUUUUCUGUAUGUUCGCCAGAAUCUUCAAAACGUCUUCGAAAGACGAGCUUCAACCGGACGAUCCAUUGACUCCUAGUCAGCAAUUGCGCGACGAAAGUAGAAGAACUAGAAGUAUGGUUACUACGCGGGGUAGAGCUCGAGAAUUGGCAGAUAGUCCUUCAGUAAACGGAGAUGGAGAUUCUAUGAUCAUCGACGAGGGUACUCCGGUUCCAAAAAGGAGAGGACGACCUCGCAAAUCGCUUCCUCUUGAAGAUGAUGAGGUUGCUGCCACUCCGCGACCUACGAGGAACUCGAAAAAGGUGUCGGCACAGGCAAGCGAAGAAGAAGCUACACCAAUACAAUCACCACAAGUAAUUGAGGAGAUACCCAAUUCUGCAGAAGAAUCGGAGGAUGCGCAAAUUAUCGAGGCAGACGAGGAGGUAAUUAAGACAUCAAAAGCCAAUGGAGAUGUCUCGACCCUGUCGAAAAUCACUACCACUGUUACAACACCAAUCGCGAAGAAGCACAAGAGAUUCGAUAGCGCAGAACCUGAAUCUGAGCCAGUGACAGAAGAAAAAUCCGAAAGAGUUGAAGUUGGAGAGGAGGAGGAGAGUAGCGAUGACGAUGCCCCAGAGGAAGUGACAACAAAUGAGGCUGCGAAAUCCGCCAAAGAAAAAGAAAAAGAAGCGACAAAAGCAAUUGAAGAGCAAGAAGCUGCCUCCAAGAAGAAGCGCCAGGAGAAAGCCGCAAAUCUUAAACGUCAAGCAGAGAUCUCUAACAAGAAGCGCAAGUUAGACGUUGCAUCCGGACAAGACGAAAUGUUACCUCCCGCUCAGAAAUCGAAGGUCGAGAUCACACCAACCACCGAAAACAGAGAUAUCGACAUGGAUGAGGAAUCAAAUACCCUAGAGGGAGAAGGAACGGCAGAUGGACGACUGGACUCCGAGGACGACAUUGAAGAAAUAAACAGAACUUUCGCAAUACCAGGGCAAGCUCCACUUCCAGAUCUUCUGCCGGCCGAAUUUCUAGAAGAUGAUGACAUUGAUAGCCCAAAACCCGGCCGUCUCCAUUCGAGCCUACCCACAAGAUCCGUCAAGCCAGAUAAGCUACGUCGCCUUCUGGAGAAGAAACCGAAAGAUAAGAGGGUUGGCUCAACUACGUUUAGAGUUGCGGAAGAUCGAAAUUCACGUCUACCUCCUAAAGCGUCAAAUCAAGCACGCUCAUUAAAGGAAUCAUGGUUACAAGGUCGGGCAGGAAGUAAGAUCAAGCCGAAUCGCAAGCCCUUCAGCCAAGGUUUUAUCAAGAAUAAGAAAUAGGGCAGAAGCUGUGCUGGCGAUUGCGGCAGUAAUAUCGAGGGGAUUGACUUUUUGUUCGGCGUCAUCUAUUUUGUUCACUGUCGAGGUUUCGAGUUGAGAGGCUUUCGAGAUAUUUAAAUGAAACACAAAAAUCACGGGAUCAGUGAAAAAAAGAGGGGACGAGAAUCACAUGGAGGAAAGAUAGACAAGGGGAACAUGCAGCGGAGGAGAUACUACAGAGAGGCAUGAUGACUCCGAAGAGUUCAGGGUCUGGAGAUACAAUAUUGGUGUUUGGCUAGGGUUGGCGCAUCUGAACAAUGGAUUAUUCAAUGAUUCCCAACUUUGUUGUUAGAGAAAAUUAGUAGCAUGCAAGUCAGGAGAAAUAAUUAAACUUGAAUUCAUGCUCUUCCACAAACCAGCAAAUUUCAUUAUGCUUCCUGCUGCUAUCUUGAUAUAUUUUACAAAUUGUGAUUCUAGAACCCCGCA